AUUCACAACAUUCUAACAUUCAUAUCCAACGUUCUCGUUAUCAUCCUCCGUCUCCACUCGCAGGUGAUUAGCUGCAACAAGAACAUAUGCACACUGCAGAUCACCGACACCACCGGGUCGCAUCAAUUCCCGGCCAUGCAGCGACUUUCCAUCACCAAAGGUCAUGCCUUCAUUCUCGUUUACUCGGUGUGCUCCAAGCAGAGCCUGGAGGAGCUCAAGCCCAUCUGGAGUCUGGUUCGGGAGCUGAAGGGCGAGGAGAUAUCGCAGAUUCCGGUGAUGCUGGUGGGCAACAAGUGCGAUGAACCGGAGGAGUUGCGGGAGGUAACAAACAUCGAAGGCCAAACGGAAGCUGCCACCUGGGGGAUUUCCUUCAUGGAGACCUCCGCCAAGGAGAACCACAACGUUACCGAGCUGUUUCAGGAACUGCUAAACAUGGAGAAGAACCGGAACGUAUCGCUACAGUUGGACGGUAAAAACAAAAAGAAGAACAAGAAGAAAAUGAUGAAGGAGCAAGCGAAGGAGGAGAAGCUACUCAAGGAGAAGAAGGAAAAGGCGAAACAGCAAGCCAAGGAGAAGGAGAAAUCUCAAAAGGAGAAGGAAAAGAAAAAGGAAGAGCCUAAAGACAAAGCAAACGGAACGAAGACCAAAGAUGGGGCCGCCGCGGGUGGGGGAGCCGAAGGCGAGGCGAGCGGUACUCUCAAGGAAAAAUGUAAAGUGAUGUAAGUUUGUAAGACACGUUGAUAAAAGCACAGUCUCGCCACAAUCGCCGAAACGAGGCAAGACGAAAAACCAAGAAACAAAGAAACAAGCAACAAGCAAAAACAACAAGAACAACAAAAUCGAAUAAAAUCGAAAUAAAGUAAAAAAAAAACAAGCAAGAAUAUGAAACAAGUGAACGGGAAAAGCGACACACACACAUUAUCAGGUUUUAAAUCGAUUUUAGACGCUAAAGAACACUUAAUUGAUUAAAAAAAAAGAAAUGAACAAAGACGACGAAGCGGAAGAUGAUCAAGAGACAAAACAAAAAUGAUAUUAUACAACCAUAAUUAUAUUUAUAUAUACUAAAACAAAAGAAGAAGAAGAAAAAAAAACAAUAUUAUGUACAUAUGAUAGUGCUAAAUUUAAAAUUAUAACGCAACGUAGAAACAAGCAGACGCUUACAAACUUCAUGAUAUGCCAUUAAAAAUCACUAGCAAAUAUAGCAAAUUAUUAUAUAUUUUGCUUCGAUAAUUCAAUACAUUUGAAUAAAUCGUUAAAUUAAAAAUCAUACACAAA